AACUGUUCCCAGAUGCACCGCUGCCAUCCUUCUAUAAAAACCUCAGAGUCCCCAGGGAAGACAUCAGUUAGUGUCCUCCUCCCAUCCUAACAAGAUAAGCCUUCUGUGCAGUAGUCAUGAAGAUCGUCCUUGUCCUGAUAAUUGCAAGCAUCCUCGUAGCAUGCUCGGAUGUCGCCUCAGGAUGCGACUGUAAGGAGUGUGGACCCGGAGGAAAUCCCUGCGAGCACUGUGAAAUUAGGCAGUAUCUCUGCACGAAUCUGCUCAACCAGUUGAAGGAGUUCAAAAAGAAGAUACAGAAGUGCGCCUGCGGAAUUCCUGAUUGGAUGAUACAAAAUUGACCCUCCUCUGUUGAUAACUCUGAUAAAAAAUAAAGGUGUUACUUAUGCAAAGAUA